GCGGGAGCGGAGGGCAGAGUCGCUAGAGUAGCCGGCUGCCGUGGGGCGCUGGGCAGGUGGGAGCCCGCGUGGGCCAGGCCGGGAUGAGCGAUGGCAUCGGUCAAGGUGGCCGUGAGGGUCCGGCCCAUGAAUCGCAGGGAAAAGGACUUGGAAGCCAAAUUCAUUAUUCAAAUGGAGAAAAGCAAAACAACAAUCACAAACUUAAAGAUACCAGAAGGAGGGACUGGGGACUCAGGAAGAGAACGGACGAAGACCUUCACCUAUGACUUCUCUUUUUAUUCUGCUGAUACGAAAAGUCCAGAUUAUGUCUCACAAGAGAUGGUUUUCAACACCCUCGGCACAGAUGUCGUGAAGUCUGCAUUUGAAGGUUAUAAUGCUUGUGUCUUUGCAUAUGGGCAAACUGGAUCGGGAAAGUCAUACACUAUGAUGGGAAAUUCUGGCGAUUCUGGCUUAAUACCUCGGAUUUGUGAAGGGCUCUUCAGUCAAAUAAAUGAAACCACCAGAUGGGAUGAAGCAUCUUUUCGAACUGAAGUCAGCUACUUAGAAAUUUAUAAUGAACGUGUGCGAGAUCUACUUAGGCGGAAGUCAUCCAAAACCUUCAAUUUAAGAGUCCGAGAGCAUCCCAAAGAAGGACCUUAUGUGGAGGAUUUAUCCAAACAUUUAGUACAGAAUUACAGUGAUGUGGAAGAACUCAUGGAUGCAGGAAAUAUCAACCGAACCACAGCAGCGACUGGGAUGAACGACGUCAGUAGCAGGUCUCAUGCCAUCUUCACCAUCAAGUUCACUCAGGCAAAAUUUGAUUCUGAAAUGCCGUCUGAAACCGUGAGUAAGAUCCACUUAGUUGAUCUUGCUGGAAGUGAGCGAGCGGAUGCCACCGGUGCCACUGGGGUCAGACUGAAGGAAGGGGGGAAUAUUAACAAAUCCCUCGUGACUCUGGGAAAUGUCAUUUCUGCCUUAGCCGAUUUAUCUCAGGAUGCGGCAAACCCUCUUGUGAAGAAGAAACAAGUUUUCGUGCCUUACAGAGAUUCUGUUUUGACUUGGCUGUUGAAAGAUAGCCUUGGCGGGAACUCUAAAACCAUCAUGAUCGCCACCAUUUCACCUGCUGAUGUCAAUUAUGGAGAAACCCUAAGUACUCUUCGCUAUGCAAAUAGAGCCAAAAACAUCAUCAACAAGCCUACUAUUAAUGAGGACGCCAACGUCAAACUCAUCCGUGAGCUGCGUGCUGAAAUAGCCAGACUGAAAACGCUGCUUGCUCAAGGGAAUCAGAUUGCCCUCUUAGACUCCCCCACAGCCUUAAGUAUGGAGGAAAAACUUCAGCAGAAUGAAGCAAGAGUUCAAGAAUUGACCAAGGAAUGGACAAAUAAGUGGAAUGAAACCCAAAAUAUUUUGAAAGAACAAACUCUAGCCCUUAGGAAAGAAGGGAUUGGAGUUGUUUUGGAUUCUGAACUGCCCCAUUUGAUUGGCAUUGAUGAUGACCUUCUGAGUACUGGAAUCAUCUUAUAUCACUUGAAGGAAGGUCAGACAUACGUUGGUCGAGAAGAUGCUUCAACAGAACAGGAUAUUGUUCUUCAUGGCCUCGACCUGGAGAGUGAGCACUGCAUCUUUGAAAACGUCGGGGGGACGGUGACUCUGAUACCCCUGAGCGGGUCUCAGUGCUCUGUGAAUGGUGUUCAGAUCAUGGAGGCCACACACCUAAAUCAAGGUGCUGUGAUACUCUUGGGAAGAACCAAUAUGUUUCGCUUUAACCAUCCUAAGGAGGCUGCCAAGCUCAGGGAGAAGAGGAAGAGUGGCCUUCUGUCCUCCUUCAGCUUGUCCAUGACUGACCUCUCGAAGUCCUGUGAGAACCUGUCCACGGUCAUGUUGUAUAACCCAGGUCUUUUCCCUAUAAAAGGACCCAUCUGUCUAAGACUUGAAUUUGAGCGGCAACAGCGCGAAGAACUUGAAAAAUUAGAAAGUAAAAGGAAACUCAUAGAAGAAAUGGAAGAAAAGCAGAAGUCAGAUAAGGCAGAACUGGAGCGGAUGCAGCAGGAGGUGGAGACUCAGCGCAAGGAGACGGAGAUUGUCCAGCUGCAGAUCCGCAAGCAGGAGGAGAGCCUCAAACGCCGCAGCUUCCACAUCGAGAGCAAGCUGAAGGAUUUGCUUGCCGAGAAGGAAAAGUUCGAAGAGGAAAGGCUGCGGGAGCAGCAGGAAAUCGAGCUGCAGAAGAAGAAGCAGGAGGAGGAGAGCUUUCUCCGAGUCAAAGAAGAGCUCCAGCGGCUCCAGGAGCUCAACAACAACGAGAAGGCCGAGAAGAUCCAGAUAUUUCGAGAGCUGGACCGCCUCAAGAAGGAGAAGGAUGAGCAGUACGCCAAGCUCGAGUUGGAGAAGAAGAGGCUGGAGGAGCAGGAGAAGGAGCAGGUCGUGCUCGUGGUGCACCUAGAGGAGCAGCUGCGCCAGAAGCGGGAGAUGAGCCGGCUCCUCCAGCGAGGGGAGGUGCAGCGGGUGGAGGAGGAGAGGAGGGACCUGGAGGGCAUCCGGGAGGCCCUCCUGCGGGUGAAGGAGGCCCGGGCCGAAGGGGAGGACGAUGGCGAGGAGUCAGAACGGGCUCAGCUGCGUUUCCUGGAGUUCAAGAGAAGGCAGCUGGUCAAGCUGGCCAACUUGGAGAAGGACCUGGUUCAGCAGAAGGACCUCCUGAGAAAAGAAGUCGAAGAGGAACAAGAACUCCUGGAGCGUUUAAAGUCUGCAAACGAAGAUGACUUCAGAGUGUCGGAGAAGGAUGCCGAGGGUGUCACACACGUCACCCAGGCGGCUCAAAUCCUCGAGAAGAUAAAGCCCGCGGAAUACAGGCUGCAGUAUAAGGAACGCCAGCUCCAGUACCUCCUGCAGCAUCAUUUGCCAACCCUGUUGGAGGAAAAGCAGAGAGCGUUUGAAAUCCUUGACAGAGGUCCUCUCGGCUUAGACAACACUCUUUAUCAAGUGGAAAAAGAAAUGGAAGAGAAAGAGGAACAGCUCGCUCAGUACCAGGCCAACGCGAGCCAGCUGCAGAAGCUCCAAGCCACCUUUGAGUUCACUGCCAACAUCGCCCGUCAGGAAGAAAAAGUGAGGAAGAAGGAAAAGGAGAUCCUCGAGUCACGGGAGAAGCAGCAGCGCGAGGCGCUGGAGCGGGCCGUGGCCAGGCUGGAGAGGAGGCACUGGGCCCUGCAGAGGCGCUCCACCCUGGGCCUGGAGAUCGAGGAGCAGAGGCAGAGACUGGCCACGCUGAACAGCAGCAGCGAGCAGUCCGGCCUCCGGGCCAGCCUGGAAGCUGAGCAGGAAGCCCUGGAGAAGGACCGGGAGAGAUUAGAGCAUGAAAUCCAGCAGUUGAAGCAGAAGAUCUGUGAGGUUGAUGGUGUUCAAAAGGGGCAUCGUGGGACCAUGGAGGGGAAGGCUCCUUCUUCCAGCUUGCCAUCCAGUGCUGAAAAAUCUCACCUGGUCCCUCUGAUGGAUGCCAGGAUCAGUGCUUACAUUGAAGAAGAAGUCCAACGACGACUUCAGGAUUUGCAUCGCGUGAUUGGCGAGGAUAGCAGUGCAUCUGCAGAUGUGGCGAGGGAUAAUGAGAAACUCCACAAUGGCACCAUUCAACGUAAGCUAAAAUAUGAGAGGAUGGUUUCUCGCUCUUUGGGAGCAAAUCCAGACGACCUGAAGGACCCAAUUAAAAUUAGUAUUCCACGCUAUGUGCUCUGCGGGCAAGGGAAGGACGAGCACUUCGAGUUUGAGGUCAAGAUUACUGUCCUAGAUGAGACAUGGACCGUAUUCAGGCGCUACAGUCGCUUUCGAGAAAUGCAUAAAACAUUGAAGUUAAAGUAUGCAGAGCUUGCUACCCUUGAGUUCCCUCCAAAGAAACUAUUUGGAAACAAGGAUGAACGAGUGAUUGCUGAGAGGCGAAGUCACUUAGAGAAGGCCUGGCAGGAUCCAUGGAUCAGAGAGAAGAGAUGCUGUUGGAGCACAGUGAAGAAGCUGCAACAUGAGGACCAUUGGAGAGCCGAUCCAAUCCCAGACCUGAAAGGAAAUGGCUGCAAGAUGAGAAGGGCCACACUAUCGAACUCCCUGCUGAUCAUGCAGGUUUUUGCCUGGAAGGACUAUGGAGCAUAUGGUCGGUCCCAAUUACCAGACUAACGUUUCAUCCAGAAACUCCAGAAUUGAAAAGAACAAGCCAGCAGAGGCCAUCAUAAGGCCAGCUUUUAGCUAGGUUGUUCCGGUAACUUAAGUACUUUUCCUUUCAGCUAGAGCAGAGCCUAAAAUUAUAUUGUAAGGCACAUAUGAAUCAUGUUAACAAAAUGACCUUCAUCAAGAAUGAAAUAAAAAUGAAAAUAGCAUGUAGCAGCACAUUAUAUUUUCAAUUUUUUUCCUCAUGCAAUGUAUCGAUUGAGGUACCAGGCUAAAGCUCUAAAAUAAUUGACUAAAUUCUUGCUGAAUUACCCUGUAUUGCUGUAGGGAGUGUGCUUCACCUUUCAGAACUCAUUAACACAGCCAGUAGACCAUAUUAGCCUGUGUUUUGGUUCAAAAGAUUAAUAAUAUUUAGUUGUUGUAUUUUGAAAUGGUGUUGGAAUUUUGAAGAUUGGCCUGCGUGUAUAUAUCAGGCUUUGGGCAGGAGCUUUCCAGGUAAAUACUUGGCCGGGGAUGUACCACUAGGAUGCACUGACCCAUCAAAAAUGUUAGUCACUAAAGCCUCCUAGGAGUGAGAGAAGGGUGACUUGGGCAGAUCUUGAUGUGACUACAGACUACACCCCCCACAGCCCAGGGGCUUGGAUGUGGUAUAGGUGGAAGGUUUCCUCUGAUCUUGACUGGCACCUACCACCUGCCAGUGCUCGGAGUUAAUGUCCGUUAACUUGUUUGCAGACAGUGGAAAAUCACUGGGGCCACAUUGUAAGCAAAUGGCCUUCUCCACUCCCAGGCUUGGGAAUGGCCCGACCAAAGUCUCUCCUGGAGCUGCCCCUCUGUGAGAGAGGUCCCUGAAUUUCUUACACUCUUAUAAAUGCUCUAUGGCAGUGGCUGUGAAGUCAAUAAGAGAUCGAUUCCAGCAGAUUCCAAGUGGUAUCUCCAGUAGCUCUUUGGCAGUGAGGUGCCCAUCCCAGAAUAUGGAUGGGAAAAACUCACCAGCCCUCUGCCAUAAGUCAGCUAGAUAACCAACCCCCAAAGAAGGGAAAGCUGUUUUUUCAGAAGGGAAUCUGAGUGCUAUUAGGGAAGGGAAAAGGAAGCAGGGCAGUCAAAACAUGGCCAGUGCUCACCAAGGCUCUGUAAGGAAGAUAUCAGAGCAUGAACAGAGUUACAUUGGACUCUGUGGAGAAGAGUAUAAGGCUCACAGCUAGAGGUCUUUUUCUCAUGUUUGUAUGGAACAUUAACUCUAGAGAACCCAGAGGCCCCCUGUCUCUGUGAGAGCAGCCUCAGGCCUGGAAAAGGCAGCAUAUCUGGCUCAGUGUAGACAACCUUGCCUGGUGAGAGACAACAGUGCUCAGGACAUGGGAGGCCCAACAGGAUAAAACGGGGAUGGUAGACGCUGGACAGCAGGCUGGUGAUUGAGACCCAGCCUCUAGGGCUGAAAGAUGUGGGUAUGGAUCUGGUAUUCCCACCUCUGUGCUUCAUGACCUUUGGGGCAUUACUUAAGCCUCUCGGUCCUCAGUUUCUUCAUCUGGCAGAUGGGUCCCAUGCAGUGUCCCUAUUUCAUAAAUAGCUAUUUCAUAAAUAGCUCUUGUGGUAAGUAAAUGAGAUAUACCAUGAAAAGUUCUCACUGUGCCUACAACAUUACAUGCCCUUGAUAACUGGCCUCUUCGUGAGAGCAACAAGAUGGGAGCUGGUCAGACUGUUGUGUGUAUGUGGGAGACAAUCCUCAGGAAAUAGAGUGGUCUUGGCAGGUAUGAGUUGACCACUUUCCUUUGGAAAGGAGAGGUCAGGAGCCUGAUGUAGGUGUCUCGAACAAGCUGUGUGUCCUCAUCUUUCCUGUGUUCUUUCGGCCUUCUUUUGAAAGGCUCCUGGUCCCCUCAGGAUUUUGUCUUAUUUGGAGGUGGAGAUUAAAAGCACAUGCCUAUUUAACAUUUCCAUUUGGAACACACCCAUGGGGUGGUCUCUCCCAGUUUCGUCUACGCCUGCUCGUUGCCUUUG